GCGAAUGCAACAUGUGGUGGCAGACCACCCCAGCUGAGCAAGCGGGGUUUCAAUCCUUGGAGCCAACAUGAUUUUAGGCAGACCUUGGAGCCAACAUGAAUGAAGGCAGACCUUGAACGGAACAUGUCCACGCUCUCUUAUUUCCUCACCCUUUUCACCUCUUAGCACGUACGUCUGAUCUUAGUUAACUUCUUUUUUUCCCCCGCACCCUUCAACCUGGUCCGUCACAGCCGUUAUGCCCGCCAGGCAGCGAUCUACCGCGGCCCCUGAGCCGAUCACCAAGGACGAAAAACACAGUGGGCCAGAUGUAUCCUCGCCUCAAGCGAACGCCGUAAAGGGUGCAACAAAAAAGGACAUCGAGAGAUGGCACGGUUGUAUUAGAAUGGUUGAAAGUGAUAUCGCACAAGAAACCAACGCCAAUCGUCUAGAGAAUAUGCGAGCCGUUCUUGCCUUCGUCAAGGAGCAUGGUUACCCAGACGGCAACAAAUGCGAAGAGGUACAUCCCGAGUUCUGUAUAUGGGCCAUGGAUGGUGAGGUGAAGUGCUCAACAGAUGAGGAAUUCAUGGCAGAUCCUCGCUGGCGGCUGCCACCGCCUGGCUUCAAAGGUCGCGCCAACGAAGGAUACUGUAUGGGCCCUCCAUCCUCGACUAAAGUGGCAUCCGCACCCUCGACUGAGGAUCUAGUGGCUGCUCUAUUCAGACAGUUUGAGCAUGAUUUGAAGACUUAUGACGACAAUGAGAAGAAGGCAAACAUCCAUGCGUGUAUCGCUUACUUGAAAUCUGAGGGUAUCAAGGCUGUUCCAAAGGACCAUGAUCAUGUUCUUUUUGCACACAAGGGGGUUGCGAAAUGCAUGAGUGACGCCGAAGUCAGAAAGCUCUUCACCGACCCAAAGACCAAGGCGGAAUACGUCAAAAGCAAAGACAAGAUCUAUUGUGCUGGGCGUCCAUACCUUGACCAAAAGAUGGCAGGGAGUAAUAAAGAUACUAACCUAUAAUAUUUUAACUUAUAUUUAUAUUAUA